UGUUGAGCGGUUAAGAUAGAUAGACUGGCCUAGAUUACUUGGGACCAAAAAAAGCUUAGAUACACGAACAAGGUGGUCUUCCUCUCAGGCGGGUCAAGACCCCUUUGAGCUGGCUGGGUACAUUUUAUUGAGGCCACAUAUUACUCAGCACUCAGGUGAGCACUAAAACGGAAAGAGGAAGCCAAGCAGUGGCAUAGGAAAUCUGUACAUAGGUUCACCAUCAACAUCUACCAACUUCGCGUCCUAUGUCCUAUCUCACCUCCUCUGCCACGGCCCUUUCUGCCCCAGGGAAGGUCCUUCUUUCCGGUGGCUAUCUCGUUCUGGACCGCAAUUAUACGGGGACCGUGUUCGCCCUCGACGCCAGAAUCCAUGUCAUCGUGCAGCAGUUGAGAAAGUCCCACAAACCAGACGCCUCCUCCGUUUCAGGGUCAGGCCAGACAAACAAUGAGAAUCGAUUGGACAUGGACAGCGGCGAGCUUGUCGAGGAUACAAUAAUUGUCCGCUCGCCUCAAUUCGUAAAUGCGGUUUGGGAGUAUGGUAUCCAAAGACACGACAAUAGCGGUGGGGUAAAAGUGGUUCAGAGGGGUCAUGGACGUCCGAACGCCUUUGUUGAAACUGCUUUGAGCUACGCCCUUACCUACUGCGGCUACGUUGCUGAUUCGAAAGAUUUCGGGUCUCUAGCUAUCACCAUCCUGGCCGACAACGACUACUAUUCUGAGACCGCCUUCUCUAGAGCAUUGAAUUCACCUGGCCGAUUUGUCAGUUUCGGGGUUCCCCUCCAUGAAGCACACAAAACGGGACUGGGCUCGUCCGCAGCUCUUGUGACUGCCCUGGUGUCAGCUCUAGUCAUCCAUCGCACUAUGCGGCCUGAUGGUCUAGCCCUCGGUCGAGACAAGCUCCAUAAUCUGGCUCAGGCAGCACACUGCGCAGCCCAAGGCAAGAUCGGUUCCGGAUUCGACGUAGCAGCCGCCGUCUACGGUUCAUGUCUCUACAGACGAUUUUCCCCUGCCGUACUAGAAGCUAUCGGUGACAUAGGUUCCCCUGGAUUUGAAGAGCGCUUGUUCGCAGUUGUGGAGGAUGUGAACCCCGCAUAUCCCUGGGACACGGAGUGUCUGGACUUUGGCAUGCAGCUUCCCCGUGGAAUGCAGAUGGUCCUUUGUGAUGUUGAAUGCGGUUCUCAGACCCCUUCUAUGGUGAAGAAGGUUCUGCAAUGGAGGAGCCAAAAUCAGGUAGAAGCCGACACUCUCUGGGACUCUCUCCAGGCAACCAACGAGAGCCUGCGCCAGGAACUUACCAGGCUGGCACAGGACCCCGAAGCCUUGGGCGACUACACAGAUGUCCGCACGUAUAUUGAGAGUGCGCGCGAUCUCAUCCGCACCAUGACUCGCAAGUCGGGUGUUCCCAUAGAGCCCAGCGUGCAGACAGAGCUUCUUGAUGCUGCCUCGGCCCUGGAUGGUGUUAUUGGCGGUGUGGUUCCCGGAGCUGGGGGAUAUGAUGCUAUUGUACUGCUGAUCAGGGACGAUCCGUCGGUGAUAGCAAGAUUGAAUUUUCUGUUCGCGAAUUGGAAGAGCAACAUUGAAGACGAUUUCGGCGGGAAGAUCGGACAGGUCCGGCUCCUCGGCGUGCGACACGGGUCGGAGGGGGCGAGGAAUGAGGCCCUUGAGCAGUAUUUCGGGUGGAUUUAGACCUUAUUGAGACCAGUUUGAAGUCGGCAUUCCGAUGCGCUGGUGGUGUACAGGACACUUGAGUGUUGAGCACCA